UGAGAAAACAUCUGAUUUUAUUUGCUGGCCGCCAUACUUCAUCGAAAAUGAGCUCGGGGGUCGUGUUGGGGCGGUUUAUCCUGCGGCCCGUGCGGCCCAUCAGCUGCCUGGGCCGGCGGGGGAUCUCGGGCAAGGCCCUGCGCGACCCCACGUACAAGAGGCCCAAGCCGUGGCCCUACACGGAGAAGAAGCUGACCUUCUUCGACGCCUUCUUCAUGCGCGAAAGCACCACCGGCCGGAUGGACGAAAACUCGAAAAUCGUCGUGGUCGAGGGCCCAAUCGGCUCGGGCAAGACGGCGGCCGCGAAAAAGCUGGCCGAGGAGCUGGACAUGCUGUACGUGCCGGACGGCAACCUGGACAUGCACUACGUCAACAGCUACGGCUUCGACACGCGCACCCUGGACGAGCAGCUGCCCGCCUCGUGCCAGAGCUUCGACAUCAAGCACUUCCACAAGGAGCCGAACGACCGCAGGGUGGCCCUGAUGCAGUGUCUCAUGUACAAGAUGCGCUACAGGCAGUACGUCAAGGCCCUGGCGCACCUUUUCAGCACCGGACAGGGCGUCGUGCUCGACCGCAGCUGCUACAGCGACUUUGUCUUCACCGAGGCGAUGUUCAAGAGCAAUUUGAUCAGCAAGGAAGCCUACGAAAUGUACUACCGAUUCCGGGAAAACACGAUUUCCCAGCUCCUGAGGCCGCAUUUGGUUAUUUACUUGGACGUGCCCGUCGCCACCACCUUGCAGAACAUCAAGAAGAGGGCCCUGCCUGACGAGAAGGAUUCCAAGGCGUUGACUGAAAAAUUCGUCACGGACCUGGAGGACUCGAUGAAGAACAAGUAUCUCAAAGAUAUCAGCUCUCAUGCCGAGCUGCUUGUGUACGAUUGGUCGAGCCACGGCGACGUGGAGGUCGUGGUCGAGGACAUCGAGCGGGUGAAUUUUGACAACUACGAAGAUGAAGACCCGAAACUGCGUGACUGGAGGGACCUGGGCGACGAGUGGGACUGGCACAAGCACCGAAAAAUGUACGCCGACAGGCAGGAGUGGCUCGAGUCCUUCUUCAUCGUGCCCAUCCACACUGCGCCUGAAUUGCUCGUCGAGGGAGACGACGCCUGGGUCUACAAUAACGUCAUGGAAUCGGCGCCUGGCAACCAGUAUAACAGGGGCUUCAACGCCAGCCUCGGUGACAAGGGCAUUCUCUUCAAGUAAAGGGAUUAAUUCAUUGUUGUUAGAUUCAUUAUAAUGUAAAUAAAGAAUGUCAACUGCUGUUGAACGAAAAUUUAUGUAAAUUGAAA